AUGUCGCGGCAGCCCGGUGCCGUCCCGCCCCCUCACCCUGCCGGGGGUGUGGCCUCUGGCGCAGGGCCCAAUCAGGGCGCAGGGGCCCCUCCCGGUUACCUGGGCAACCAGCAGCAGGCGGCCAUGAUGAAACAGAUGAUGGUGAUGGAGCAGGAGAAGAGAGUCCAGCUCCACAUGAUGGAACAACAGAAACAACAGCUAAUGAGAGAGCAGAGACAACAACAACAACAACAACAACAACUACUGGCUGAACAGGUGAGAGGAGGGAGGGAGAUGAAGGGACAGACCAGAGAGGGGGAGGAGGAGCAGGUGGAUGUGGGGACAUGAUUACCGCACCGUCUCUCUCUUUCUCCCCCGUCUGUCUGUGUUGCAAAUUAAUCACCAAAGCGUCUCCUCUCCUCUUUAGCUGUCUAUAUAUAUACACACACACACACACAGUCACAGACACAUAGUCACAGACACACAGUCACAGACACACAGUCACAGACACACAGUCACAGACACACAGUCACAGACACACAGUCACAGACACAGUCACAGACACACAGUCACACAUUUAUAAUCAGCUCUCACGUUUACUAACAUCCCCCUCUACACUAACCCCCUCCCGAUGCUUUAGGAUUCCUUUGAUGUCCUCAGAUAGUGUGUGUGUGUGUGUGUGUGUGUGUGUGUGUGUGUGUGUGUACACAACACCUGCUGUGAUAAUUUGGUGUUUUACUUGUAUUUUUCCCUCUGUGUGGAAACUGGUGUUAAAGAGUUCUGAACUCCCUAAGUCACACACACACACACACACACACACACACACACACACACACACACACACAGCAAGUUGAAUGUGAUUGGCACAACACAACAUGCAGACAUGCAUACUAUUAUCUCCUGAUUUUCUCUCUAUACCUGUUGUGUUCUAAAUGAACAUUCUAAGUUGUUACUGGGUUACUAGAAUUAACCUGACAGACUAUAGCUAUAUAUACUGGGUUACUAGAAUUAACCUGCCAGACUAUAGCUAUAUAUACUGGGUUACUAGAAUUAACCUGCCAGACUAUAGCUAUAUAUACUGGGUACUAGAAUUAACCUGCACGACUAUAGCUAUAUAUACUGGGUACUAGAAUUAACCUGCCAAGACUAUAGCUAUAUAUACUGGGGUUACUAGAAUUAACCUGACAGACUAUAGCUAUAUAUACUGGGUUACUAGAAUUAACACUGACAGGACUAUAGCUAUAUAUACUGGGUUACUAGAAUUAACCUGACAGGACUAUAGCUAUAUAUACUGGGUUACUAGAAUUAACCUGACAGACUAUCGCGAUAUAUACUGGGUUACUAGGAAUUAACCUCGCCAGACUAUAGCUAUAUAUACUGGGUUACUAGAAUUAACCUGCCAGACUAUAGCUAUAUAUACUGGGUUACUAGAAUUAACCUGACAGACUAUAGCUAUAUAUACUGGGUUACUAGAAUUAACCUGACAGACUAUAGCUAUAUAUACUGGGUUACUAGAAUUAACCUCCAGACUAUAGCUAUAUACUGGGUUACUAGAAUUAACCUGCCCAGACUAUAGCUAUAUAUACUGGGUUACUAGAAUUAACCUGCCAGACUAUAGCAUAUAUACUGGGUUACUAGAAUUAACCUGACAAAACUAUAGCUAUAUAUACUGGGUUACUAGAAUUAACCUGACAGACUAUAGCUAUAUAUACUGGGUUACUAGAAUUAACCUGCCAGACUAUAGCUAUAUAUACUGGGUUACUAGAAUUAACCUGCCAGGACUAUAGCUAUAUAUACUGGGUUACUAGAAUUAACCUGCCAGACUAUAGCCAUAUAUACUGGGUUACUAGAAUUAACCUCACAGACUAUAGCUAUAUAUACUGGGUUACUAGAAUUAACCUGACAGACUAUAGCUAUAUAUACUGGGUUACUAGAAUUAACCUGCCAGACUAUAGCUAUAUAUACUGGGUUACUAGAAUAACCUGCACAGACUAUAGCUAUAUAUACUGGGUUACUAGAAUUAACCUGACAGACUAUAGCUAUAUAUACUGGGUUACUAGAAUUAACCUGCCAGACUAUAGCUAUAUAUACUGGGUUACUAGAAUUAACCUGACAGACUAUAGCAUAUAUACUGGGUUACUAUAAUUAACCUGCCAGACUAUAGCUAUAUAUACUGGGUACUAGAAUUAACCUGACAGACUAUAGCUAUAUAUACUGGGUUACUAGAAUUAACCUGACAGACUAUAGCUAUAUAUACUGGGUUACUAGAAUUAACCUGCCAGACUAUAGCUAUAUAUACUGGGUUACUAGAAUUAACCUGCCAGACUAUAGCUAUAUAUACUGGGUUACUAGAAUUAACCUGACAGACUAUAGCUAUAUAUACUGGGUUACUAGAAUUAACCUGCCAGACUAUAGCUAUAUAUACUGGGUUACUAGAAUUAACCUGACAGACUAUAGCUAUAUAUACUGGGUUACUAGAAUUAACCUGCCAGACUAUAGCUAUAUAUACUGGUUACUAGAAUUAACCUGACAGACUAUAGCUAUAUAUACUGGGUUACUAGAAUUAACCUGCCAGACUAUAGCGAUAUAUACUGGGUUACUAGAAUUAACCUGACAGACUAUAGCUAUAUAACUGGGUUACUAGAAUUAACCUGCCAGACUAUAGCUAUAUAUACUGGGUUACUAGAAUUAACCUGACAGACUAUAGCUAUAUAUACUGGGUUACUAGAAUUAACCUGACAGACUAUAGCUAUAUAUACUGGGUUACUAGAAUUAACCUGCCAGACUAUAGCUAUAUAUACUGGGUUACUAGAAUUAACCUGCCAGACUAUAGCUAUAUAUACUGGGUUACUAGAAUUAACCUGACAGACUAUAGCUAUAUAUACUGGGUUACUAGAAUUAACCUGACAGACUAUAGCUAUAUAUACUGGGUUACUAGAAUUAACCUGACAGACUAUAGCUAUAUAUACUGGGUUACUAGAAUUAACCUGACAGACACUGAUUCAAGAUUGACAACAAACAGAGAUAAAUUGUUGUGCACUAAAUGAACAUUCUUAAUUGAGUGACAUUAUACACACUCCAGACUACCUAUUUAUAACAGGUUCGUACAGUUAGUUUGACAACAUUUUAUGUGAAGGGUUAGGCAUAUUGUCAGGCAUAUUGUACUAACUGUAUUGCUUUUUCAUGGUUGUUUCCAGGUGAUAGUAGCCUGUACGUUUUGGCUACUGAUUGAAUUGACCUUUAAUAAUGUCAUGGAACAGGAAGUGAUGCCAUAGAACAGGAAUUGAUGUGGUUGUGUCUGUUCUUCUUCUGUGGUCGUGUGUGUGUGUAUAGCUCCAGCAGCAGCAGCAGCAGCAGCAGCAGCAGCAUCUCCCCAGACAGAUGGUCCAGGGUCAGAGAAACCCCUACCCCCAGGUCAACCAGUACCAAGGUAACAUAUUAUACACCCCUACCCCCAGGUCAACCAGUACCAUUAUACACCCCUACCCACAGGUCAACCAGUACCAUUAUACACCCCUACCCCCAGGUCAACCAGUACCAUUAUACACCCCUACCCCCAGGUCAACCAGUACCAUUAUACACCCCUACCCACAGGUCAACCAGUACCAUUAUACACCCUUACCCCCAGGUCAACCAGUACCAUUAUACACCCCUACCCCCAGGUCAACCAGUACCAUUAUACACCCCUACCCACAGGUCAACCAGUACCAUUAUACACCCCUACCCACAGGUCAACCAGUACCAAGGUAACAUAUUAUACACACGGUAUUCAAGUGUGAUGAAACGUACGUACUUUUAGUGGGCUGCAGGGCAGAAAAUAGUUGGUCUAAAAUAAAUCGAACCCACACACUCCACCACGUCCUUUAUUCACUAACAUACAACCAUCCUGACCAAGAUCCACCACGUCCUUUAUUCACUAACAUACAACCAUCCUGACCAAGAUCCACCACGUCCCUUAUUCACUAACAUACAACCAUCCUGACCAAGAUCCACCACGUCCCUUUAUUCACUAACAUACAACCAUCCUCACCAAGAUCCACCACGUCCCUUUAUUCACUAACAUACAACCAUCCUGACCAAGAUCCACCACGUCCCUUUAUUCACUAACAUACAACCAUCCUGACCAAGAUCCACCACGUCCCUUUAUUCACUAACAUACAACCAUCCUGACCAAGAUCCACCACGUCCCUUUAUUCACUAACAUACAACCAUCCUGACCAAGAUCCACCACGUCCCUUAUUCACUAACAUACAACCAUCCUGACCAAGAUCCACCACGUCCCUUUAUUCACUAACAUACAACCAUCCUGACCAAGAUCCACCACGUCCUUUUAUUCACUAACAUACAACCAACCUGACCAAGAUCCACCACGUCCUUUAUUCACUAACAUACAACCAUCCUGACCAAGAUCCACCACGUCCCUUUAUUCACUAACAUACAACCAUCCUGACCAAGAUCCACCACGUCCCUUUAUUCACUAACAAACAACGUUUCCAUCCUGACCAAGAUCCACCACGUCCCUUUAUUCACUAACAAACAACGUUUCCAUCCUGACCAAGAUCCACCACGUCCCUUUAUUCACUAACAAACAACGUUUCCAUCCUGACCAAGAUCCACCACGUCCCUUUAUUCACUAACAAACAACGUUUCCAUCCUGACCAAGAUCCACCACGUCCCUUUAUUCACUAACAAACAACGUUUCCAUCCUGACCAAGAUCCACCACGUCCCUUUAUUCACUAACAAACAACGUUUCCAUCCUGACCAAGAUCCACCACGUCCCUUUAUUCACUAACAAACAACGUUUCCAUCCUGACCAAGAUCCACCACGUCCCUUUAUUCACUAACAAACAACGUUUCCAUCCUGACCAAGAUCCACCACGUCCCUUUAUUCACUAACAAACAACGUUUCCAUCCUGACCAAGAUCCACCACGUCCCUUUAUUCACUAACAAACAACGUUUCCAUCCUGACCAAGAUCCACCACGUCCCUUUAUUCACUAACAAACAACGUUUCCAUCCUGACCAAGAUCCUUGCAGGAUCCAAACCUGGUUUGUUUGUGAAUAAAGGGAUGUGGUGAAACGUAUAAAUGUAAGGGCUCUAAGAUACAGUACACACACAUACACACACGUGCACACACACACAGGCACACACCCACAGGUCAACCAGUACACAUACACAUACACACACACCUAAACCCUGACAUACCCACAAACACAUGCAUGGAAACACAUGCACAUGUGCAUGCACAAACACAAACACAGACACACAUGCACACAUCCUUACAUACCCCACGCGUGCUCAUAAACCUUACACACACACACACACACACACACACACACACACACACACACACACACACACACACACACACUGUUGAACAUGAGAUCAUCUCUGACCAGUCAGAUUCUCCUCUGCGUAUUCCCUCUCUCUCUCUCUCUCUCCCCCCGUCGGAGGCGUUCCAUAUCGUUCCGCUACUCCUCAUCGGUAAUUUCCUCCGGAAAAAUAUUCUGGCUCUGCCUGUUACCUUGGCAACCUGUCCCGGAUCCCCCAGGGUUCCGGCGACGCUGUCGGAGAGAGAGACAGAUCUGCUCCUCCCUGAGAGAGCUAUAGAGGGAGAGAGAGAGACGAAGAGAGAGAGGGAGAGAGAGAGAGAGAGAGAGAGAGAGAGAGAGAGAGAGAGAGACGAAGAGAGAGACGAAGAGAGAGAGGGAGAGAGAGAGAGCGAUAGAGGGAGAGAGGAAGAGAGAGAGAGACGAAGAGGGAGAGAGAGAGAGGGAGAGAGAGUGUGACAGAGAGAAACAGAGGCGGGGGAGGCAGAAGAAGAUAAAGAGACAUUUGCAGCUAUUAAAUAUAGUCUUUCUAACAGAGGGAGGAAAGUGAUAACUAGAGGGAGGGAGAAGAGAGGAGAGGAGUCAGUAUGCAGGUUUCCAUUGACCAGGUUUAAUAGACAAAAGCAAUGUCGCAAAAAAACAAGUGUGACGUGUGAUGGAAAUGGCAGAUAUAGGACACGUUUUGUAAAGAUUGACAACAUUUUUAUCCGUUGGACAGGGGUGGAGUUUUCUUUUGUCUAACUUUAUUUAUUGCGACAAAUGAUGAUGGAAACAGUGUUUUUCAGAAUAAAUGAUGAUGGAAACAGUUUUUUUUUAAAAUAAAUGAUGAUUGACGAAUACUUUUGAAGGUAUGUGGGGCACGUGAUGUCAUCACGUAACUAUAAAGCUCCACUAGGCUACACAGGUCAUUCUAAAUGCCUACUGCUUGCCAAAUCCAUUUUUUCAACAAAAAAUUAUGUUUCAAGAAUGCCUGAAUUGCUCCGCCUUGCUUUUCUGGUUGGAUGGCAAGUUUCAUCGUAUUAUUUCAGAUCUACAGGAGUGAAAGUUUCACCAUGGCACGGACCGUGGCGAUACGUUGGCACAAUGACAAUUAUUAGAAUAUGGUAAAUAGGCCUUUUAGUCAAUUAUUGCAUUCUAUCCAUGCUGGCUUUCACCGGCUACCUGAAACAUUAAACAUAUACAGUGGGGAGAACAAGUAUUUGAUACACUGCUGAUUUUGCAGGUUUUCCUACUUACAAAGCAUGUAGAGGUCUGUAAUUUUUAUCAUAGGUACACUUCAACUGUGAGAGACGGAAUCUAAAACAAAAAUCCAGAAAAUCACAUUGUAUGAUUUUUAAGUAAUUAAUUUGCAUUUUAUUGCAUGACAUAAGUAUUUGAUAUACCAACCAGUAAGAAUUCCGGCUCUCACAGACCUGUUAGUUUUUCUUUAAGCAGCCCUCCUGUUCUCCACUCAUUACCUGUAUUAACUGCACCUGUUUGAACUCGUUACCUGUAUAAAAGACACCUGUCCACACACUCAAUCAAACAGACUCCAACCUCUCCACAAUGGCCAAGACCAGAGCGCUGUGUAAGGACAUCAGGGUUAAAAUUGUAGACCUGCACAAGGCUGGGAUGGGCUACAGGACAAUAGGCAAGCAGCUUGGUGAGAAGGCAACAACUGUUGGCGCAAUUAUUAGAAAAUGGAAGAAGUUCAAGAUGACGGUCAAUCACCCUCGGUCUGGGGCUCCAUGCAAGAUCUCACCUCGUGGGGCAUCAAUGAUCAUGAGGAAGGUGAGGGAUCAGCCCAGAACUACAUGGCAGGACCUGGUCAAUGACCUGAAGAGAGCUGGGACCACAGUCUCAAAGAAAACCAUUAGUAACACACUACGCCGUUAUGGAUUAAAAUCCUGCAGCGCACGCAAGGUCCCCCUGCUCAAGCCAGCGCAUGUCCAGGCCCGUCUGAAGUUUGCCAAUGACCAUCUGGAUGAUCCAGAGGAGGAAUGGGAGAAGGUCAUGUGGUCUGAUGAGACAAAAAUAGACCUUUUUGGUCUAAACUCCACUCGCUGUGUUUGGAGGAAGAAGAAGGAUUAGUACAACCCCAAGAACACCAUCCCAACCGUGAAGCAUGGAUGUGGAAAAAUCAUUCUUUGGGGAUGCUUUUCUGCAAAGGGGACAGGACGACUGCACCUUAUUGAGGGAAGGAUGGAAGGGGCAAUGUAUCGCGAGAUCUUGGCCAACAACCUCCUUCUCUCAGUAAGAGCAUUGAAGAUGGGUCGUGGCUGGGUCAUCCAGCAUGACAACGACCCGAAACACACAGCCAGGGCAACUAAGGAGUGGCUCCGUAAGAAGCAUCUCAAGGUCCUGGAGUGGCCUAGCCAGUCUCCAGACCUGAACCCAAUAGAAAAUCUUUGGAGGGAGCUGAAAGUCCAUAUUGCCCAGCGACAGCCCCGAAACCUGAAGGAUCUGGAGAAGGUCUGUAUGGAGGAGUGGGCCAAAAUCCCUGCUGCAGUGUGUGCAAACCUGGUCAAGACCUACAGGAAACGUAUGAUCUCUGUAAUUGCAAACAAAGGUUUCUGUACCAAAUAUUAAGUUCUGCUUUUCUGAUGUAUCAAAUACUUAUGUCAUGCAAUAAAAUGCAUAUUAAUUACUUGAAAAUCAUACAAUUUGAUUUUCUGGAUUUUGGUUUUAGAUUCCGUCUCUCACAGUUGAAGUGUACCUAUGAUAAAAAUUACAGACCUCUACAUGCUUUGUAAGUAGGAAAACCUGCAAAAUCGGCAGUGUAUCAAAUACUUGUUCUCCCCACUGCAGAUGGGAGGUCAUACAGGCUGUCGCAAUUUAUUAAUGCGCAGUUUGCCUAAAUGGGUAAUGGAAACACUUCAACACCCAUUUUUAUUUAUUUUUAUGUUUCAUCAUUACAUCCAGCUGUUUUUAUUCACACAGGAUGGUUAAAUGGAAAGGCACCCUAGCAGGCAAUUGUCGCAUCUAUUUUCUAUGCUAACUUUCUAAAUGUGGACAAAAAAUCAUUGGACAAGUUAAUGGAAACAUAGCUAGUGAGGUCUUGUCAGGUCUCGUUUGUAGAGAUUUAGGUCCAACUUGAGUUCCUUUAAGACGUGGGAGUUAGCAGAAAUCACUCUGUCAGAACAUUGCUUGUUUGUAGAGAUGGGUAUCAGAUGAAGGUCCAACCUGAGUUCCUUUAAGAUGUGCUAGUUAGCAGAUAUCACUAUGUCAGUCAGAACAUUGGCUCCAGUGGGAAUGGCCUUUCUUCUCUUCAUAGUGGAAUGUUAGCACAAACAGACUGGUACCCAGGCUAUAUAUUCCCCUAUAUAUGUAUAUAUAUAUAUUCCCCUAUAUAGUGCACUACUUAUGGGCAACAAGAUGGCACCCCGAUAUUCCCUAGCCUGAAAUCCACACCUGUUUUGUGCAGUUUGACGUACGACACAGAGUGCAAGGAGUGGAAUGUUAGCACAAACAGACUGGUACCCAGACUAUAUAUAUUCCCCUUUUAUAGUGCACUACUUAUGGGCAGAUCGUUUAUGUAGCUAACCCUGGCCAAAGGUAGUGCACUACGUAGGGAAUAGGGUGUCAAUUGAGACACAGUCUAAUGUUCCUGUCGGGCACUAAACGUCAUUUAGAGAGGAGAGAGGGAGAGAGGGUGUUAGAGGGAGAGAACAGAUUAGUGAAAUGGUGUCAGAAGAGGUUUAUUGGGGGAUUUAAAACCAUUUCCACGCUAUGCUAUGCAUUCCUCCUCCUCUCAUCUCCUCUUCUUCUCCUCUGCUCGACCUGUUAAAGCCAAGGUUCUGUUACUAAUAGAGGGAAAGGAGGGAGGGAGGGAGGAGGAAGAGAGGGAUGGAGAUAUCCUUCUUUCCGGUUGAUUUAGUUCAAUUUUUUUACUUUGGUUUGGCACGUAACACUCAGCACUUAAUCGUCAGAAGUGGAUACCUUUACAGAGUUAAAGAGGCUCUCUCACGUCAUCUCAGUUUCUAGUUCUCUGUACUUGUUUGACUUUCCAUUCUUCAUUCUGGCUAACAAGAUCAUGUACUUCACAUGUGGAAUAUUGUUGACCUUAUAAGAAGUAAACAAACUAUGAAUAAAAUGACAUCUUGAUAAAAGAAACCUCAGUGACCCCUUUGUUCCUCUUUAACACUCCUAUAACCCCUCCCCUCCUGUCCUCUCUCUCUCCACCGCUCUUCUUCUCUCUUUCUGACCUCUAACCUCUCCUGUCUCCUUUCUGUCCCACCAGGAGCGCCCCAGGAGAUGGCGGCUAGGAGCCAUGCUCUCCAGAACAUCCGCGCCGCCCGCCUCCUCCAACAACAACAACAACAACAACAACAGAACCAGCAGAUGGUCCAGAUGAACCAGGGCGUCCCAGGGGGCUCGGUGGGUCCCCAACCUGACAUGAGCCUCCCCUACAGCGGGCAGGGAGCCGGCCAGCAGUCCCUCUACAGCCUCAACCCCUCCAUGAGCCAAAUGAUGCAGCAGCAGCACCAACAGAACCAAAGCGUCCAGACCUCCAUGGGGCUACCACCAGGACACAACCCAGCGGCGCAGGCCCAGAGGCAGGCAGGAGGAGGUCCCGGGGUUGGAGGUGGAGGAGGAUACGGAGGACCACAGGGGAUGAUGAUGAACUCCAUGUCCCAGCAGCCCCUCAAGGGCCCGCCCAACGCCAAAGCCCAGGCCCAGAGGCUGCAAGGCAUGCUGGGAAUUGUAGGCGGAGGAGGAGGACCGGGAGGAGGAGGACCACAGGGAGGGAUGGGAGGGUGGCCACCCCAGCAGGGGCAGUCCCUCCAGGGGAUGGGAGGGCCAGGAGGGGUUGGAGGACCAGGCAGGACUACAGGCGAUAUGGUGAGCUUUGGCUCAGCCCAGGGGGGCUACGGUUCCAUGCAGCCUGGACCGGGACAACAGCCUCCACACCCACGCCUGGCCAAGCAGCACUUCCCUGGGCACCCACAGGGCCACCCCCACCCCCAGGCUAUGGGUCAGGGACAGCCCAUGGACCCCAGGGCUAUGAACCCUGCUGCGGGCAUGGCCGGGCCCAUGAUUGCCCCUCACAUGGCUGGACCAGGCCAGCCCAGGACCAACCAGCCCAGACCCAUGGUAAUGCCGGGACAGGGGGUGAUGGGCCAGGGCGUGCCCAACAUGGGGGCCUUCGGACAGGGGCCGGCGAUGGGGGUGGGCCCUGGAGGUGGAGGGGGGUAUGUCGGACAAGGAGGGGUAGGGGUCGGAGGUCAGCCCCAGGGCUACCAGAGGACAUCUAGUCAGGACCUGUCAUCUUACGGAUACGGGGGCGGGCAGGGGGCGCCGUCGGGUGGGGGGUUCGGAUUGGCUGAUGGGACGGGGGCGGACUUGGACACGAGUGACGGUUGGAUGGAGGAGUUCUUCCCCAACCAAUAG